AUGAAAAAAAGGACACAUGAACAGGAUUUGGAGAAAAAGACAUCCAAAAGGAAACCUGCCGCUAGUGGAUCUGACGUCAGCGAUCAGUCGGACAGUGACGAUGAGUCAGCUGACACGGACAAGUACAUGAUGACGCAAGAUGGUCGUGUGCCCAUAACACACGAUGCCUUGCGCAUGCGAGCACGGCGUCUAUGCGAAAAAAAGGCCUCUGGCAAGUGUGGGGUGCCAGAAAACAUCAACGCAGACUAUGUGAAUGGUGGAGAGUCCAGAGAAAUCCUUGAGAUGGCCUUGUUGCAAUGCUUGGGAGAGUUUGUCCGCAAGGUGACAGUGCUAAAGGAGAAGCUUGCUAGCAGGGAGCAAGAGGUGCACGGUCGUUGGAUGACCGAGGAGAGAAUGCGCAAGUGUGGCGAAUGGUCGGCAUCCACGAUCAAAUCGAUGAUUGCCUAUUGUCAACGCUUUCCUGAAACCCUUUGCAGGACUCCAUGGGGUGGGACUGUUGGGUACAACGAAAGCAUCACUGAGUACUACAUCGAGACAGAUGAGAAGACCACUCGACGAUUGGCGGAAAUUGACAAGACUGUGGAGAGCACUGAGUUGGAUGAAACUUGGGUCAAGCCAGAUGAGAUUGCUGGUCAGCGACUUGCCGAUGGCUUGGUCAAGAUUCCCGAGCAAAAGCCUUCCCCUGAAGUUCUUGGUGCCAAGCCUGUGCCGGAGCUGGAGAAGUACAUGGAUUCCAUCACCGCCAAAACGGACAAGAUUGACACCAUGGUUGCAGCUCUGGAAAACACAAAGUUUCCAGAAUCAUCGGUGACAAAGGUGAAUGAGUUUAAAACUUAG